ACCUGGACACUCCACUGAUGAAUAAUUUGACCGGAGGGCUUAGGCUUGGUCCGCGCUCGCGCUUCGUCUCAAGCGCACUUCUCACGCGCGCUUCAAAAAAAAAAGCUGGAGCCUUGGGUCACGUGCCUUCGCGCGUGACGUCAUUUUGUCGGAUAAAAAUGAGAAAGAGAAGCCCUCCUAUCCAUUUGUAUGUUGUGUUACGCCGAUAGGACAGGACGUAUUGGCUAAGUGAUCAGAUAAAGUGGUGCACCGCGGUGUGCGCACGAGGCUCUCGCGCGUUUAGCUCGUUCAAGCAGCACGGACGCCGGCGCGCGCGCUGCUCUGAAGAGCGCAUUGAACAGAACAGGUGUCGAGAGGAGAGAGAGAGAGACACACACACACACACACACACACAGAGAGAGAGAGAGAGAGAGAGAGGUACACAACGCAACUCGAACCGAGUCCACUGAGAGCCAUGGAGAGCGUGGUGAACAUCUCAGCGCCUCUCUAUCACCUCUCCCAUCUGUCCAACCUCAGCGUCUUCUGCCCCAACUUGAGCUCCAGCGGUGGUGGGAACGCGACUCUGCUGGAGAACGGCAUGUGUGAGCGACCCACCGACACGAACAAAGGCUCGACCCCCGUCAUCAUCGCCAUCAUCAUCACCGCGCUUUACUCCAUCGUGUGUGUGGUGGGGCUGGUGGGCAACGUGCUCGUCAUGUAUGUGAUCAUCAGAUACACCAAAAUGAAGACUGCGACAAACAUCUACAUCUUUAACUUGGCCCUGGCAGAUGCCUUGGCUACCAGUACCCUCCCCUUCCAAAGUGUGAAUUAUCUCAUGGGCACCUGGCCUUUUGGGGACAUCCUGUGCAAGAUUGUCAUGUCGAUCGACUAUUACAACAUGUUUACAAGCAUCUUCACGUUGACCACUAUGAGUGUAGACCGCUACAUUGCCGUGUGCCACCCUGUGAAAGCUUUGGACUUCAGGACGCCCCGCAAUGCCAAGAUCGUCAACAUCUGCAACUGGAUCCUGUCGUCUGCUAUUGGUCUGCCAGUCAUGAUCAUGGCUUCAACUAUUACUACACUCGACUACCACAGCAACGCAGGCAUUGUUGACUGCACUCUCGUGUUCCCUCACCCAUCCUGGUACUGGGAGAACCUGCUAAAGAUCUGUGUUUUCAUCUUUGCCUUCAUAAUGCCUGUGUUGAUUAUCACGGUGUGCUACGGCCUGAUGAUCCUGCGCUUGAAGAGUGUCCGCAUGCUGUCUGGCUCCAAGGAGAAGGACCGUAACCUGCGACGCAUCACGCGCAUGGUGCUAGUGGUGGUGGCCGUCUUCAUUGUGUGCUGGACCCCCAUCCACAUCUUUGUGAUCAUCAAGGCCCUGGUGACCAUCCCCAACUCUCUACUGCAGACCAUCACCUGGCACUUCUGCAUCGCCUUGGGUUACACCAACAGCUGCCUCAACCCGGUGCUCUAUGCCUUCCUGGACGAGAACUUCAAGCGCUGUUUCCGUGAGUUCUGCAUACCCAGUCCCUCAGUACUGGACCUGCAGAAUUCAAUGCGAUCAACACGUACCCGCAAUCCACAGCGGGAGGCUCAGUCAAGUCCCACAGUAGACCGAACCAACCGGCAGGUAUGACUAGCAGUCGAGAUGUCAUCACUGGAUUUGCGCUGCCAGCCCAGUGUUGACAUCAACUCAGAACUCACACAAGUCACCACAGGUCUCUGAGCUCUGUCGAGGUGGAACUACCGGUCAGCUGUGAUGGUCAUGGAAAUCUCCCAUGCCAGUCUAGAUUAAUUCUAAACAGUACUUUUCAUAUGCUAACAAAGUAGUAUGACUCUUCAGUUUGAAUAUGUACCACACCACAUAUUCACUCGAGCUGAAUUUAACUUCUUAGAGGUAUAGUGUACCAAGAGGAAACCUUACAUGAACACAAAGCGUUCCAUGAAGUCGGAUGACAAGGAGCCUAGAAUUGCUUGUGCAAACUAUCUGGCAUGUUGUCCAUUAGACCACUUAUAUUUUAUAGGCCAACAUACACUAUAUAAUAAACAUUGCAUUUGUGCUUUCCUUUUUCUCUGACAGUUUGUUUGUCAUUGUGUAAUAAGAAAAGGACUGAAAAGAAAUUGUUUUGUCUUCAUCUCCAGUUUCUUUAAUGCUGUAAAUAUAUUGUAAAUAAUAUUUUCCUAAACAAGAUCAGUGCUUUAUAUUUGUCAAAAUGUGCCAUUGGAUUGAAUUAAAUAUCAUAGAUAUUUAUAAACAUAUGUAUAUAUAUACUGUAUAUCAAAGAUUUAAAUGGCAUGUCACAUCCACACAUUACCACAUGUUACCAAGCAGUAUAAUAUUUAAGGUGUUGUUUUUUUCAGCUGGUCCACUUGCACUGCAAUGUAUUGUUCUUUUUUUAAAUCUAUACAGUGAUUGUUGUUAGAGUGUUUGUAUUUUUACGUUUGUAUUUCUCUGAAUCAACUGCACAAUGUGAACAAUUUGUUCUUUAAAAUGGCACAUAUGCAGUUGUCAUGCUUCAGUGGUGACAAGUUAUGUAUGUGAUUAUGCAAAUGUGUUAUUUGUCAAAUCUGAUUUGUAAGAUAUUAAUCAAACUUACAUUACUGAGGUCUUGAACUAAAAGAUCUUGGACUUUGCUUGCAUGACAACAUUUUGUGAUAUGAACAGGUUGUACUUAAUGUGAUAUUUAGUUUUUUUUCAUCAAAAUAAAUUAUUUGUUGUGAAUUGUAUGUUUCUCUUCAUGUCACUGGAUUGCAAUAUGCAGCACUUAACAGAAAUAUGCAGCACAGACGUCAGCCGAGGUCUGAGCACCGUUGUUUAAACAGAUAAAAGAUUCAUGCAUUGCUUGGAUUUGGAAACGCAAAGGUCUGUUCAUGCUAAUAAUUUCCAUGGCACAUUCUUUGACUUGCUCUGCUUUGCAAGUUGUGAGAGUUUUUUUCCAGUAAUGAAUCAUAAACAAAGAGGUGAUGAGAUGAGACUUGUUGCUUUUUUGUUUUUCUCAUGCAGUGCACAGCAUAUUUGUGAUUAGAUGGGAUUUGUGUUUUUUUCAUGCGAUGCAUAUGGCACAUCAGCCACAUUUUAGCAGCUUCAGAUGCCAGUGUGAACAUUGCAAAAGCCCAUAUCUCUAUUGAGAUGUAUUAAGUCAAAGUACUAUAAUGUCCUAAUCCCUAUACAAUCUUUGACAGUUUAUUCUAUUUUUAUAUUUACCUUUAUGUUUGUAUAUUUGACUAAUUAAUUUUUCCAGUCACUUACAAUUGAGCAGUUGAGGCUUAAAGGUCUUGGUUUUGAACUCACAAUCAGUAGCCCAAAGCCUUAACCACUGAACCAUAUUUUCAAAAUUUUCAACAUUACUUAAACCAUUCAAACAAAACUGAAUGACCUGAAUGAUCACAACUGCUACAUUUCUUUAAUGCCAUUACUUCAGACAUAUUAAUAAAAUCUGAAUAAAAAAUCCUGUUCUUAUAUGCAGUAUGCAAUAUUCUCAUGGCUUUUAUGAAAAUGUGUCACUUUGCAUAAUUGUAGACACAGGCAACAGCUCUGAGCAUAACUGCAGGUGGUGUACAAUUUUCACAUUCACACAUGAGCAAUAUAAUCUGUUGGUGCUUAUAUAGAAUUACAUAAGGCGACAAGUGGACCUACACUUGCAGAAAAAUGUGCCCUACAGCAUAACAGCGCUACUGGACCCCUUCACUGUAGCGGUCAAGCAGUCAGGACUUCACAGUUUUGCUGGUGAAUUCCAUACAUGUACUCGCUCACUUGUCGAAUAUACUGUCUAGAAUGACUGACAAUAUGACUUUUUCCAUAUCUUUAUAGGCCAGUGCCUGUGCUUUUUGCACCACUGAACUCUUAAAUGUGCAUUUAUCUUUGUAAUGAGGGUUUUUUCCUGCAACCCUACCAUAGUAUCCCUCUCUGUGUAGUUGUUCUUGCUGACAGUCUGAUCACGUCCUACAUUAACAUUCUCAGUCAUCUGAAGAACAGUUGCUCUUCUGCUUUCCACACAUCAAAUUAAUACACAAGCUUCACUGUCACUGAAUGUGCACUUCCCACUACAGUGUCCAACCUUAUUUACUGGUGUCUUUCCCUUUAGAGCUAAAUGAUGUCUAAUUUGUCACUGUAGUGACUGUUCCUAUUUAAAUCUGUGUGACUGAAGCUCCUGCUGCCCGUGCCCUAAUAAGGCACUGUCUUUCAAAAGUCAGUUCAAUUUUUUCUUCCUGCCAUCUUAAUCCAAAAUCGCACAGCAUUUUUAUACAAAAACAGAAGUGUCCAGAAGAACUGUAGCAGGUUCUGCAUGAUGCUUAGAAAAACACAUCAGCCACUUUCCUUAUAAAACUGCACAAAGUGUACCUGAGGCUACUGAUGCAUUUUAAAAAGCAAAGAGUUGUCACAUCAAAUAUUGACUGUUCUUGGUUAACAGGCAUGGAACCCAAUGUGGUCUUCUGCUGUUGCAUCACAUGUGCCGCAAUGUUCAAUGGCAAUGUGUUGUGUCAUUUUGAGAUGCUUUUCUGCUCACCAUGGUUGUGAAUCAUCAGACAUUUAUUAGUGAUCUAUCAUUUUUCUAGUAAACCUGUAGAAAAUUGCCAAUUGCUGUUUUCACUGUAUCCUACACAAUGACUAAAAAGACUUUCAUUUUCUUACACUUGCCUAAAAUGUAAUUUUUUUAGUGCUGUUUACGGAAUCCUUUCACUUCAGUCUCCAGAAAUAUUUGAAAUUAUAAUGCAUUUACAUGUAUUCAUUUACAAACCAUUUCUAUCCAAAGCCUCUUGGUAGUGGUACAGAGUAUAAAGCACAGAUUUGUUAAAUAAACCGAGAAUGAUACAAAUGAAAAGCACUACAUUACCACCAACUGACCAGAAACAAGUGCGAGACAGUGGAAAGGCAAACAGAGAGAGUCAUGGCAAAGCACAGAGGUUGAGAAAAGUACUGGCAGUCAGAAGAACUACAAACAUAAGGCAGUGAGUUAAAAUUUGCAAUUAUUACAGUGUUACACAAUAAUAACAAUGAUAAGGUUACGAGUAACCAUGAGAAACACGGGUCAUCGAUGACUACAAAAGUUGUAGUAUGACAAAAUGCACACACACAUUUAAAGAGAGAGAAGUGUUUCUGCACUUACAUUUAAAUGUUCUCAGAAAAUGGGUCAAAAGCAGGUAAUUAAAUGGACAAUUCAACACUUCAGUGCAAAUGUAGACUCAAUGAGGUUAAAGGGAUCAGCUUUUAAAAAAAAAACACCUUUUUUUUUUUUUUUUACAUGUAUUACAUGAAUGUUAAUGUGCAUGAUGAGAAUGUAGUGGAGCAUCACUGUUCACCUAUUUAUAAUUUAUUAUAUGGCUAAUAUGUAACUGAUUACCCAUAGCGAUUGUAUGUCAAAUGU